ACCACCCAUGGGCUCGUCGAUCUUAAUCAUGGGCCCCUCGCUCUACGCCCUCUCGAGCGCCUGCUCCCAAUACACACACCCUCGUCGUGCUCAUCAACACCCCCACCCUCCUGGCCCGCCGCACACGCUCGCCGAGGACCUUGCGGCCGUGAUCCGCCACCACCACCCGCACCUCGCGCCCGACGACGUCGCCAUGCUCGUGGACAUGGUGCAGGCGCUCGUCGAACUUGGACAACGCGACCGCGCCCAGCUGGUCCGCGUGCUCGGUCUUCUCCAACAGUUCGUCGCCGAGUUCGAGCGCGGUGACAACGAGCGCAGGGCCGCCGUCCUCCGCGAGCUCGCCGGAGGCUUUAUGCCCCACGACGUGCGUACCGCCGCCGAGGCCGUUCUCGACGACUCUGAGGACGGUCCCCAGGUGGCGGACGCGUCGCACCAGCAGCAGCAGCAGCAGUGA